GCCGGCAGUGGAGCCGCGAGAGGGCUCGGAGAUGCGACGCGGCACGGAGGGGAGCGAACGAGAGCCUCGGGUCUCAUUCCCCUCCCUCGCCUCGCCACCUUCUCCUCCCCGCGGCCGGGCCGGAACUAUGUGAUCCCGGAAGUUCCGGUGCCAUUGCUGUGUGGGAUAAACAGUAAUGGCGGAGGCUGCAGCUCCCGGAACAACAGCCACAACAGCAGGAGCGGCAGCGGCGGCGGUGGCAGCGGCCUCCCCCACCCCUAUCCCCACAGUCACCUCCCCGUCCCCGGGGGCGGGGGGAGGGGUAGCAGGCAGCGACGGCGGCGGCGGCGGCUGGACUAAGCAGGUCACCUGCAGGUAUUUCAUGCAUGGGGUUUGUAAGGAAGGAGAGAACUGUCGCUACUCGCACGACCUCUCUGACAGUCCAUAUGGUGUAGUGUGCAAGUAUUUUCAGCGAGGGUACUGUAUUUAUGGAGACCGCUGCAGAUACGAACACAGUAAACCAUUGAAACAGGAAGAAGCUACUGCUACAGAUCUAACUGCAAAAUCAUCCCUUGCUGCCUCUUCAAAUCUCUCAUCAGUAAUUGGACCAACUGUUGAAAUGAAUACAGGCGAAGCUGAGUCAAGAAAUUCAAACUUUGCAACUGUAGGAGCAGGUUCAGAAGAUUGGGUGAAUGCCAUUGAGUUUGUUCCUGGGCAGCCCUACUGUGGCCGUACUGCCCCUUCCUGCACUGAGGCACCCCUGCAGGGGUCAGUGAUUAAGGAGGAGUCCGAGAAGGAGCAAACCGCAGUGGAAACAAAGCAGCAGCUCUGCCCCUACGCUGCAGUGGGAGAGUGCCGCUACGGGGAGAACUGUGUGUACCUCCACGGAGACUCGUGUGACAUGUGCGGGCUGCAGGUCCUCCACCCGACGGAUGCCGCCCAGAGGUCACAACAUAUAAAAUCUUGCAUCGAGGCCCACGAGAAGGACAUGGAGCUGUCCUUCGCCGUCCAGCGCAGCAAGGACAUGGUGUGUGGGAUCUGCAUGGAGGUGGUCUAUGAGAAAGCCAGUCCCAGUGAGCGCCGCUUUGGGAUUCUCUCCAACUGCAACCACACCUACUGUCUCAAGUGUAUUCGCAAGUGGAGGAGUGCUAAGCAAUUUGAGAGCAAGAUCAUAAAGUCCUGCCCAGAAUGCCGGAUCACAUCUAACUUUGUCAUUCCAAGUGAGUACUGGGUGGAGGAGAAAGAAGAGAAGCAGAAACUCAUUCAGAAAUACAAGGAGGCAAUGAGCAACAAGGCGUGCAGGUAUUUUGAUGAAGGACGUGGGAGCUGCCCAUUUGGAGGGAACUGUUUUUACAAGCAUGCGUACCCUGAUGGCCGUAGAGAGGAGCCACAGAGACAGAAAGUGGGAACAUCAAGCAGAUACCGGGCCCAACGAAGGAACCACUUCUGGGAGCUCAUUGAGGAAAGAGAGAACAGCCACCCCUUUGAGAACGAUGAAGAAGAGGUGGUCACCUUUGAGCUGGGCGAGAUGUUGCUUAUGCUUUUGGCUGCAGGUGGGGACGACGACCUGACAGACUCUGAAGACGAGUGGGACUUGUUUCAUGAUGAGCUGGAAGAUUUUUAUGACUUGGAUCUAUAGCAACUUUGCGUGGCGUGUGAACUGGUCUGCUGAGCCCCAGACAGUGGCCGUCCCCUGUGGUGGUGUGGCAGCGCCCGUGUCUCUCUCCUAGGCAGGCCUACCAACUCCAGGUGCUGUCGUAAUAAUAUGUUCCCAGGGCCUGUCUUCUCAAUCCCUUGCCUUUACCCCAGGAGUGUGGUGUUCUCCCUGUUUAAAAAAGUUACAAAAAUAAAUCUUAAAGUUAG